CUGCUAUCUACUUAGAUGACCAGACAUUAUGGUUUCCAACAGGAUGCAGACGUAGUCCUAAUCUGCGGCGGCCCCGGCGGGGGGCCGGGCCUGGCGUGCGAGCGGCAGCUGUUCCUACAGAACAUGGCGCACGUGCACGCCGCCACGCGCGCCGCGGCCGAGCGCGCGCCUCACGCCGUGCUGGCUGUACAGACUCCGCCGCUUGACUGCAACUUCGCGCUUGUCAUGCAUACGCUGAAACUCCUCAAGAAGUACGACGCGCGGCGAGUGCUCGGCGUGAACGCCAUCAGCUCCAUGCGGGCCAACCAGCUGCUGGCGUCCAUCACGGGCAGCGAGCCGGGCGCCGGCGCCGUGCCCGUCGUGGGCGGCGGCUGCCGCUGCACCCGCGUGCCCGUGUUCGCUAGUAAGGCUGCUGGGAUACCGAGGAAGCAACUGGAGCACAUGUCGGAGCUGGUGCGCGGGGCCGACGACAUCAUCUGCCGCGUGAAGGGGCGCCGCGAGGAGGCCCCCCUGUCCACCGGGUUCGCCACCGCGCGCUUCGUUACUAAUAUUGUUCAGGGCCUGUUCUCCCGUCCAACCACCAUAGACAGUGCUCUAGUGGAGCAAGGGUCCUCCGACAGCUGCUACGGGUUGGCAGUCUGCGCGACCCCGGUGACGGUGGGCGCCGCCGGGGUGCAGCAGUACAUGGUGCCGGCUCUUAGUGAAGCUGAGAAGGCGCUGCUUGAGAGCUCCAAAUGUGACCUGGAAGACCUGCUGUCCCUGGGCCGCUGCCACGCCACGGGAGAGCCGUACCGCCCGCCGCGCUGCCGCUACCAGCCCGCCAGCCUCGCCGGACUGUGCCCAGACUGUCUGAAGACGCAUGCCGUCGUGUGAUCUACCAUAUUCAAAUCAUGGAUGCUUAGGAAGAACGAAGUUGGGGACUUGUUGCAAUAAAUGGAAGUGCCUGACAUGUA